AUGCUAAUUUGUUUCAAGUCUGGGCUCCGGGUUGCCAGCUAUCUAUUGGAACACCGCAUCGUCCGCCUAAUCUCCGUCUUCGAUGGUCCCGUUCCUGUUCUCCGAGAGGAUUUGGGUCCCAUCUCAAAAAAAUUUCCCACAGUCUCAACCAUAAUUAGUAGGACUAUGCCUGUGGAAAACGUUAUCAUUCUUCGCAAGUGGCAGGAAAAAAUGCGAAAGCAAAUGGGCGAGCAAAAGUUUAACGAAUAUGUUGCCUAUAUAAAGGGCGUCGGUAAAGACGUGCACCAAGCGAUAUGUGAUAUUCUUCAUAAUGAGAAACGAGUUGGGGAGUUCGCGGAACCGAUUGAUGGCUACAUAAACAGUUUAGAGACUAUCUUCGCCCAUGUGAAAGCAACUCAGCUAGUGGAGCAGGAAUGCUGUCACCCAAUCCUGCGUUACAGGGGUCGAUUUGACAGUAUAAACAGCUUUAAGACGGAGAGCAAUGGCUUGGUGCUGACAGAGUGGAAGACAGUGCACGAGAGUAAGCGUGUGACGUGUCUGGAAAAGGCCUACGACGCGCCUCUGCAGGUUGCUGCCUACGCCGCCGCCUACAAUAUUACGCGCUUGCCUGAAAUGCCUCAGGUUCGCCAAGGUUUGAUAGCGUACGCCUACGCGGAUGGUUAUCCCGCAGAUGUGUUGGUUCUCGAUGAAGAGGCUUUGGAACACUACUUUCAGGCAUGGUGCAGUCGAGUAGAGACCUAUCAUCAGACAGUCUGUUCAGUAGAUCAGUGA